AGAAGAAGUCAAGUUGUAAGAAGAUAGUUUGUGAACCAACCAUGGUUAUUACGUGCAUCGUUAAGGGUUGUGAUAACAAGCAGAAGACCUAUAGUGCCGUCAUGUUUCACCGAUUUCCGACUCACCAUAAACGGCGGAAAACUUGGUUAGCUGCUCUGAACAUGGAUCCAACAACACCGGUGGUGAUUCUGAAGAACGUGCGAGUGUGCUCCGAGCAUUUCACACAGGAGGACUAUACCUCCACAGGAUUACGCUUAAAGGAUGCGGCAACACCGACUAUACUCAAAUCACGAACACAACAAAGUGGAUCAUCGCCCAACUCUGUAAGUGUCGCUUUUGUAAGCGUCGUAUUGAGUUGUCCUGGCAGUGGCAGUAGCCUAACCUACUGCCGUCACGUCAUAAAGGGUGAGUGGAGUGAUGUCCAACAGAACCUACCAGAAGUGCAGAAUGCUUCCCCUCAGAAAACCUCUACUGUUGAAGAGCCUGCGACAGAUUUCAGACUCCCACUCCAACAAUGUGAUGACCUUGUGAAUGGUAUGGACUUCCUUUCACCCCUUGAGCCCCAAAAAUCGGGAGUGAGGAGCGGCCUAAUGGAGGAUGUCGUUGUGAAGGUUGCUUGCCUGCUAGAGCUGUUCCAGAAUUGCUUUGGGUGCUACAGCGAUGCCUGCAGUGUCUCUACGCAACGCAAGGGACUCGCCUUCCAUGUAAUACAACAGUGCUGGAGCUGUGGCAACACCAGAAACUGGGCGAGCCAUCCUCCAGAUCUCCAGCCCCCUGACCCAACAGUCUCUCAAGAAACACCUCAAGAGUCAGAGCCCGGAUCCGAAGACAUGGAGGAGGAGGAAGAGGAAGAUGAGGAGGAGGAAGAUGAGAAGGAGGAGGAGGAGGAAGAGGAAGAUGCGGAGGAGGAAGAUGAGGAGGAGGAGGAGGAGGAACAUCAGGAGAGUGAGAAACGGAGGCCAAAGAGGAAAAGGAAGAACAGUGAUGAAGAGUGGGGUCCGAGUUCUGAAGAGUUUGCUGAGACGAGCAGCGAGGAGUCUGAAGGCGUUGAAGGGGAGGAGCAUAUUCUCCAGAUUGCGUGGUGCUGUGACUGUGGGGAAGAGGCCAGUGCCCGCUGCUUCAAGCAGAAACACCUGCAGCUCUACUGCUGCAUUAAGUGCGGCUACAGGGACGGUGACCAGGAGCUGGUCAGCACAGACGGCAACAGCCACGGAGUCUUUAGUAUUAGAGAACAGUUUUCUGUGGGCAGCAGUGACAAAGGAACCAGAAAUGAAAGUCCAGAAGACUCUGCGUCUCAAGUCGAGUCGUCCAACAGUUGCCACCAAAAAACUGGUGCAGCAAAUGAGAAACGGAACCCUCCAAAAUACGCCGUCUACUUCAGCGAUCCGCACUGCCUGCAGAUCCAUCUGGAAGAGUUACAUGGUGAGAAGCGUGAGCUUUGUCCAGACUGUGGCAACUUCCUGAUGAGGGGCGACGGCCGGAGUAAGCACGUCUGUGAUCACAAGGCCAAGCUGUUCUUGUGUCUGACUUGUGGGAAGCGCUGUGUCAAUGAGGUAGGUCUCCGUAUACACAGUCAUGUGCACACUGAAGACUAUGUGCUUUCCUGCCAAUACUGUUACAAGACAUUCAGGUUCCUGAAAGACAAGCAGGAGCACGAGGAGACCCACCAGGGGGAGAACCUGAAGUACCGCUGCCCUGAGUGCCCAAAACAGUUUGCGGAUUGCGCCAGUCGAAGCGCUCACAGGAGGACCCACUGGGAACACGGCAGGUUUUUUUGCAAAGUUUGUGACAAAGGCUUCCCUAAGGCCCAUCACCUCAAGAGACACAUGGCUGUCCACACAGGACAGAAGCCCUACAGGUGUAAGAUGUGCAACUACUCCUUCAACCAGUCAGGACAUCUCAAGUCCCACAUGCGCGUCCAUACAGGGGAGAAACCCUUCAAGUGUCAGGACUGUGGGCAGUGCUUCAACCACAACGUCAGCCUGAAGAACCACAUCCAGCACCACCACACACCAGGACCUGAGGGGCAUUAGGGGAGAGGGAGGACAUUGUUGAUGACCGGACCAUGGGAACUGGGUCUGAUGAUCAAAAAGACUUAAUGCCAUACGAUUCAACAGGGAAAAGCAAAUGGUCAGAAUUCAGUCAUUAUGUUUUAAUGAUUGUGCCAUGUCUUCUCCUUCAUUUAUGUAAAGUUAUAAUAUGCCCCCCCCCCAUUUUUCAAAGGUGUUUUC